AUGGCUGCUGUGACUGAUGAUGCAAAGCGUGAGCUUGUUACAAGUGCAGACAGCGAUCUUCAGUUUGUAUUGGGUGAAGCGGCCCUUUCCUUGGAUGCCCAAUACAGGGUCGUGCAAAGGCAUACCACAUUGCGAAGGUUCCAAGCAAUAGCGGAUACGAGAGCAGAAGCCCGUGCAGCGGGCAAAGCAGACUUCGGGUUAGCAGAUGAUAGUCCUGAAGGCCGCCAACAGAUCGCGGGGAUAGUGGCCGCAUGGGAGCUCGCCCGGGAUGUCAUCAGCAAAGAAACCGAGACUCGUGCUGAGGCGAAGGUGCUUGGCCAACCGCGCAUCCUUCAGGUGACCGAGAGGCAGGCAAUGCUCAAGGCUGUGGUUGCAGUUUACGGGCAGCUGGGUGAAUCAGAGACCCCUUCACCGGAGUACUUGGCAAUCAAGUGUGAGGAAUGCGAGUCCAACGAGCCUCAUGCCUCGACUCUGGAUGCCAUCACUUCGAAGAAGAGUACGCUUACAACGAGCAUUCAAUCCACAUUGGAUGCUUCCGGCCGCAUUCACAUCACCCAGCAUAAGGCAAAGAGUGAGCUGCCCACAACAACAGAAGCAUACCGCAAGGUUCUCAGGGUGGAAGCUUUCACUUGGCUUUGCAUGGCAUCCCGCUUCAAAUCUAAGCAGUGGCUACAGGAUCUCAAGCUCGCCGACUUCGAACAUUUC